AUUGCAUUCUCCAAACUCCAAAUCAUCAGUAGACUUGUUCUUGAUACUCUCUUUACUUCUUUCAGUUUCCAAUACCAAUGGAUAACACCAACCGUCCUCGUCGCCUUCGCAGUCCUAAGCAAACCAAGUUCACUCUACGUGACUCCGAAGAGGUAAGUAGUGUGAAAUGGGAGUUUACCAAUAUGACGGAACAAGAAGAAGAUCUCAUCUUUCGAAUGCACAGACUUGUUGGUGAUAGGUGGGAUUUAAUAGCAGGAAGAGUGGUAGGACGAGAGGCAAAAGACAUAGAGAGAUACUGGAUUAUGAGAAACUGUGAUCAUUGUUCCCACAAACGACGCCGAUUCCACAAACUUGCCCGUUUCUCUAUUUCUCCUCCCUAAUUGUCUCAUUAUAGACAAGAAAAGCUUUAUGUUGUUGAUGAGUAGAACAAAACAUCGAUCGAUGUUUAUUCUUCUCAUCAAUGGUUGUCCAAGUUAUUGUCAAUUCUACAAGUUGUGCCACUCAUCUUGUUCCAGCUAUACAUUUUGUAACUCCGUCAAAAUAUUGAUUGGAAAAAAUAAAGAGUUAGAGUAAAC